AUGUGCAAGGGCACAGUGAAGCAUGUAGAGGACAGCAUCAUUCGCUCCGAUGUGUUGUUUGUAUGCAAACUGCAGAGGGUUGAGUUUGUCUUUGAACUCAGCUCUCAACAAGGGUGGAGGCUCAUGUCAAAACAUUCCCUGGUGUUUUACAUCAUGCUGUCUUCUGGAGUCCCAAACAUCCCAGAAUUUAUGAUGAGAGCAAACAUUGAUGAUGUGAAUGUUGCUUACUAUGACAGCAACAUAAAAGCAAAUGAACCCAGACAAGCUCGGUUAAAGAAGAUAAUAGAAGAUCAUCCACGUUUUGGGAAAAUCAUGCUUCAGCGCUCCAGGGAUUAUCACCAGCUAUACAAAGCUGCAACUGACAUUAUCAAGCAACACACAAAUGAAAGUGGAGGUGUUCAGAUUAACCAGCAGAUUGUGGACUGUGAAUGGGAUCAUGAGACUGAAAAUGUAGAUGGUUAUAACUUGUAUGCUUAUAAUGGAGAGGACUUUAUGUCAUUUGACAUGAAGACAGGGACAUGGACCGCUCUAAACCCAUGGGGUCAAAUCAUUAAAGAGGAAUGGGACAAAUCUGAAGAUAACUAUGUCUUUUGGAAGAGAUAUCUUGCCAGUUAUUGUCCAAUGUGGCUGAAAAAGUAUUUACACUAUGGGCAGAGUGUUCUCCAGAGAACAGACCUUCCCUCAGUGUCUCUCCUCCAGAAGACUCCCUCCUCUCCGGUCAGCUGCCACGCUACAGGUUUCUACCCUGGCAGAGCCAUGAUGUUCUGGAGGAAAGAUGGAGAGGAGCUUCAUGAGGACGUGGACCUCGGAGAGAUCCUCCCCAACCCUGAUGGAUCCUUCCAGAUGACUGUUGACCUGGACCUUUCAUCAGUCACACCUGAAGACUGGACCAGGUACGAGUGUGUGUUUCAGUUCUCUGCUGUGAAGGAGGACAGUGUCACCAGACUGGACAAAGCAGUGAUCAGGACCAACUGGAGCAAAACUGACAAUGAGGAGCCCAGUAACAGGACCCCCCACAUUACUGCUGCAGUGGUUGUUGUUGUUGCUGCCGUCGUCAUUGCUGCUGUUGGAUUUGUGGUUUACAAAAAGAAGAAAGCCAAUCACCCUCAACCCCCUCCUGUCGAGCUCGCUGAGAAACUGAAUCCAGAAACAUGAUGGCAGACACAUCGCCCUGCACACUGUGAUGUCAUGUGGGUCAACAGAAGAGAAAAUGUUGUGAGAAGUACUGACACCUCCAGUUCAACAAGCUGCAAGAAUCUAACAGCAGAGAAACCUUUUGAGAUUGUUUUGUCAUUUACUGUAAAACUUCUGUCACAUUAUAGCUGUAAAGAACAUAUUAGACAGAGAGUGUUUCUAUGACUGAUUGGUUUUAUAUAGAGAUGUUAUUAAGUGACUGUUUUCUGAUUCAUCUGCACUGCCUUUUUAUUAAUUUUGUACAGAUUUUUUAUUUUUCUAUUGUGUAUUUGACUAAAUGAAUGGAGAGGUGUCAACUAUGUUUUAGUAGGAAAUGUCAUGUUUGGUUUUCAAGUUUGUCCACUUUAUUCUCUGCAUCUGAUAUGUGGGUUGCAAUUAGCAUCACCUGAAUAGAGGCCUUAAUUCUGCCUUUUCUGCUUAAAACUAUAAACUUUAAAUAAAAUGUAUAGAUCCUUUAAGCCAGUUGGCCCCCUCCUGACAUGAUGAAGAAGCCUGUGUGUUUCUGAUGAGAUGUCAAAGAGUUUAAGCUUUUUUCUUUAUUUGCUGGUCAGCUGCAGUGUGUUUACACUCUCUGGGCUCCAGACAAAAGGAUCCAAGUGGUUGAAAUCAUCACUGGAGUAAAA